GCAAUACCGUGUUUGACUCACUUCUCUCUGUUGUGCUUUCCAUCGCGAGCGCUCCACCCAGUGCCACAAGUUCCUUCAACAUUCCCAUUGCAUUCGAAUACUAUCGAGUCUGUCCGCCACGAUGGUUGGGAUGGUUCCCGAAGAGAGACAAAUGCUCUUGGCCCGAGACGCCACGUUCGAGAAGGUCCUUCACAAGGACACAACGAAGACUGUUGGCAUGUCGGCGAUGCUGAAAAAGGACCACGAGGCACAGAAGGCGGCCACGGACGAAUACUUCAGACAUUGGGACAACAAGAGCGCACAGAAGGAGACGAAGGAAGACCGAGAGGCUCGGACAGCAGACUAUGCCUCCCUCACCAGACAAUACUACAACCUCGCGACCGAUUUUUACGAAUAUGGCUUCGGCCAAAGUUUCCACUUCUGUCGUUCAGCGGCUGGCGAGUCUUUCAAGCAGGGUGUCGCGAGACACGAACACUAUCUGGCCCACGUGAUCGAUAUCAAGAAGGAUAUGAAAGUGUUGGACGUCGGCUGCGGUGUUGGCGGGCCGGCUCGCGAGAUCGCCAAGUUCACUGGCGCCUGUGUCACUGGCAUCAACAUCAACGACUACCAGGUGGAGAGGGCGACACGAUAUGCCGUCAAGGAGAAAAUGGACAAGCAAGUUCAGUUUGUACAGGCCGACUUCAUGAACAUACCCUUUGAGGACAACACCUUCGACGCCGUCUACGCCAUAGAGGCCACCGUUCACGCCCCAUCCCUCGAAGCCGUUUACUCCGAGAUCUUCCGCGUUCUCAAGCCCGGCGGCAUCUUUGGCGUCUACGAAUGGGUCAUGACGGACAAGUACGACGACGCCGACCUCCGCAUGCGCAAGAUCCGCAUCGACAUCGAGCAGGGUGACGGGAUAGCCAACAUGGUCAAGGCCGGGGAGGCGCUGCGCGCGUUCGGCGCCGCCGGCUUCGACAUGGUCCGGCACGAGGACAUGGCGGAGCGUCCAGACCCGAGCCCAUGGUACUGGCCCCUCGACGCCGGCAGCUGGAGACACGCGCAGACACUGGGUGACCUGAUGUACACGUUCCGCAUGACUGGUCUCGGACGCAUAGCGACGCGCGGCUUUCUCGGUGUCAUGGAGACGCUGAGGCUCGCGCCGCCCGGCAUGACGAAGAUGUCGGAUAGCUUGUGUGUUGCCGCCGAUGCAUUGGUUCAGGGCGGUAAAGAGAAGAUCUUCACGCCAAUGUACCUCAUGGUUGGACGGAAGCCGGCAAAGAAGGAUUGAGAACAGCUACGAGAAUGCCGUAUUACAUAGAUAGUUCUUCCAUAUAUACAGCAGUCAGAGGGCCUUGUCGAAGGCAUCAAAAGAAAGACAUACUACCAACAGCAACCAGCAAGUUUCCGACCGACGCAAAAAGAUGGACGAUCAGGGAAUCGAACCCUGGACCUACCGCAUGCUAAGCGGUCAUUAUACCACUAAACCAAUCGCCCAUGUGGAUGAUCUAGCCCGGACUUGAACCGGAGACCUUCAGUGUGCU